AUGGAGCCCCCUCUGCAGCUGGAGGCGGGCCCUGACUCUCCUGCUGCUGACUUCAAGAGCUUGGCCUUCAGCACAAUGUGUCGAGAUGAAUUUGACACCAAACUGGCUUGCUCUGCAAAUGCGAGGAAGCACUUGGCAUGUGGGCAAAAUCACCAGUGGCCACGCCAGCCAGGAGAGGCCCUGAGCAUGUUUUCAGCUCAGGUGUUGUCUGGACACUCUGUUCAGACUCCUCCAGAGGAGGGCCGGGUCCCUGAAGGGGUCUGGGGGCCCUGGGACCAGUGGGCCUCUUGCUCCCAGCCCUGUGGGUUAGGGGUACAACGCAGAAGCCGGACAUGUCAACUUCGCCCAGGCCUGCCUUUACCUCCCCGACCCCCAAGACAUCCAGAAGCCCUCCGCCCACGGGGUCAGCGUCCUGGAGCCCAGGCUUCCAGAGAAAGCCACCCCCUUUAUAGGCCGCAGCCCCGGGGAAGGGGUGGCCCACUUCGAGGUCCUGCUUCCCAGCCAGGGAGAGAGGAGACCCCAGAGAUGCAAGGAAGCCGGAGGUCCCGAGUUCGAGAUCCCAUCAAGCCAGGAAUGUUUGGUUAUGGGAAAGUGCCCUUCGCCUUACCUCUGCAUCGAAGCCGCAGGCACCCUCAGAGGCCCCCCCGGCUUGCGCCCCCCGAGUCCUCCUCCAGAGGCCCAGGGACCCUUCCAUCCCGGACUCCAGGAGAACACCUGUCCUCUACAAGCCCCCACCCCCACACCCAGCUCCCUCCUACAUACCCCCCAGCAGAGCCCCCACAGCCUGAAAUGAUUGUGACCCAGGUGGCGCCCAGGCCCAGCCCUGUCCCCACACAGCCCCAGCCCAAAGCCCAGGCCUUUAGCACGGGCCUGCCCUUGCCUAACUCUUCCUCUGGAGAAAGUAGCUCCCUUCAGCCAAGAGUGCCAAGUUCCCGGGGCAGGGCCAGUCCCCAGGCAGUAAGGACACGCACUGACCCUUUUCGCUCUGUCCCUCGGAGCCAAGGCCAGCAGGGCCAAGGGCCCUGGAGACCAAGUGGUCAUCCUCGUGGGUCUGUGGUGGAGCCUGCCCCUCGCCACCCACAUGGGUGGUUGCCUCUGCUGAGUUCUGGCCCCGACUCCAGCUCCCUCUGGAGCCUCUUUGCUCCCAGUAGCCCUGUCCCAAGAUGCUCUGGGGAGAGCGAGCAGCUGAGAGCCUGCAGCCAAGCGCUCUGCCCCCCUGACCAGCCAGACCCCCGGGCUCUACAGUGUGCAGCCUUUGACUCCCAGGAAUUCAUGGGCCAGCUGUACCAAUGGGAGCCCUUCACUGAAGUUCAAGGUUCCCAACGCUGUGAGCUGAACUGCCGCCCCCGGGGCUUCCGCUUCUACGUGCGUCACACCGAAAAGGUCCAGGAUGGGACCCUGUGUCAGCCGGGAGCCCCUGACAUCUGUGUGGGCGGACGCUGUCUGCGCCCUGGCUGUGAUGGGAUCCUCGGCUCUGGCAGGCGUCCGGAUAGCUGUGGAGUCUGUGGGGGUGACGAUUCUACUUGCCGCCUCAUUUCGGGGAACCUCACUGACCGGGGAGGCCCGCUGGGCUAUCAGAAGAUCCUGUGGAUUCCAGCUGGAGCCUCCCAACUCCAAAUUGCCCAGCUCCGGCCCAGCUCCAACUACCUUGCACUUCGAGGCCCUGGGGGCCGCUCCAUCAUCAAUGGGAACUGGGCUGUGGAUCCCCCAGGGUCCUACUCGGCUGGAGGGACUGUGUUCCACUAUAACCGGCCUCCUCGGGAGGAGGGCAAGGCGGAGAGUCUGUCAGCUGAGGGCCCCACCACCCAGCCUGUGGAUGUCUAUAUGAUCUUUCAGGAGGACAAUCCAGGUGUUUCUUAUCAGUAUGUCAUUUCUGCACCUCCUCCAGUCCUCCAGAGCCCCACCACAGAGCCCCCCAUCCCCCACCUUCAGCUUGAGAUGCUAAGGGAGGAGCCUCCCCCUGCACCAGCACCCCGCCCAGCCCGGAGCCCAGGUACCCUUCAGCGGCAGGUGCGGAUUCCCCAGAUGCCCGCCCCGCCUGAUCUCAGGACAGCCCCGGGGUCUCCAGCCGGGUACUGGAAACGAGUAGGACGCUCUGAGUGCUCUGUGUCCUGUGGCAAAGGUGUCUGGCGCGCCAUUUACCUCUGCGUUUCCCGUGAGUCAGGACAAGAACUGGAUGAACACAGCUGUGCUGUGGGUGCCAGGCCCCCAGCCUCAUUUGAACCCUGCCAUGGCCCCCCAUGCCCUCCAUACUGGGAGGCUGGCGAGUGGACAUCCUGUAGCCGCUCCUGUGGCCCCGGCACCCAGCACCGCCAGCUGCACUGCCGGCAGGAGUUUGGGGGCGGUGGCUCCUCGGUGCCUCCUGAGCGCUGUGCACAUCUCCCCCGGCCCAACAUCACCCAGUCUUGCCAGCUACGCCUUUGUGGCCACUGGGAGGUUGGCUCCCCCUGGAGCCAGUGCUCUGUUCGAUGUGGUCGAGGCCAGAGGAGCCGGCAGGUCCGCUGUGUUGGAAACAACGGGGAUGAAGUGAGCGAGCAGGAGUGUGCGUCAGGCCCGCCCCAGCCCCCCAGCAGAGAGGCCUGCGACAUGGGGCCCUGCGCCACAGCGUGGUUCCACAGCGACUGGAGCGCCAAGUGCUCAGCCGAGUGUGGGACAGGGAUCCAGCGCCGGUCUGUGGUCUGCCUCGGGAGUGGAGACAGCGUGAAGGAGGGCCAGGGUGAAGCCGGAGUAGGAGCCAGCGAGCAGAGCUGUCCUCCAGGAAGCCGCCCCCCUGACAUGCGCGCCUGCAGCUUAGGCCCCUGUGAAGUGACCCGGCGCUGGUACACUGGGCCCUGGGGUGAGUGCUCCUCAGAAUGUGGCUCUGGCACUCAGCGUCGAGAUGUCAUCUGUGUGUCCAAACUGGGGGCUGAGUUCAAUGUGACUUCUCCUAGCAACUGUUCCCACCUUCCCAGGCCCCCUGCCCUGCAGUCCUGUCAAGGCCAGGCCUGCCAAGACCGAUGGUUUUCUACACCCUGGAGUCCAUGCUCUCGCUCCUGCCAAGGAGGUGUGCAGACAAGGGAGGUGCAGUGCUUGAGCACAAACCAGACUCUCAGUGUCCGAUGCCCUCUUCACUUACGACCUGCCAAGAAACGACCCUGUAAUAGCCAACCCUGCAGCCAACGCCCUGAUGAUCAAUGCAGGGACAGUUCUCCACACUGCCCCCUGGUGGUACAGGCUCGGCUCUGCGUCUACCCCUACUACACAGCCACCUGCUGCCGUUCUUGUGCCCAUGUCCUGGAGAGGUCUUCCUUGGAGCCUGCCUGAAAUGGGACAUGGGGCCCUCUCCUUGUGGUUUCUCAUGCCAGCAUUGGUCAACCAUCCAUCAGCCCACUCUGUACCCCCUGGCUCUCUGGCCUGUCCCAGUCUCACCGGGGAUGUCCUCCAAGGUGACUUGAGAGUAGCUUGGAGGCCACAGCAUGGUUGACAGCGUGGUUAUGGUGCAGUGAUGUGUGUGCACAUAUGCCCGCCAAGUGACUGGCCUGCAUGGGUGUAUGCCCUCAUUUAUGUGUAUCACUUUCCCUAAAGUAGGGAAAUGAGUCUGCAAAGCUGUUCGUGAAGCAAGGUUGUAGCUCCUUUCUAAUCCAAGACCCUUCAAGUGUGUUCUCCCCAUCUUUUCCAGUUUUGUGCCCUAAACCUCAUUUCUUGUCUCCAGGCCCUACGUCUUUGAAGCUGACCUUUUGUCUCUUAUCCCCAUAUCCCCCUCCCUAGUUUCUCUAGGGGAUAUUAGCCAGGGAUGGGAGCUGGCCACUUCCAGACCUACCUUACUUAGAGCAGGGACCAGCUGGCAGAGGUUGCAUAAGACACCCUCGCCCAGCCCUGCUCCUCCCACUUCCUAAAAUGGUUCCCAACCCAGAAGUAAUUUAUUUUUUAUUAAAGUUGAUUGUGACAAAUGA